AAUGAAAGAAAAAGAGGAGAGGAAGAGGGUGACCACUCUGCCCAUUACCAAUAAUUUUGCUAAAUAAAAAGUUGAAGACUUUGUGGAAAAGCAAUCAGACACAAGUGAAGAAGAAACCAGACUCGAUCUGGAUUUCUGUUUAGAGUCUCUCCCAUUAAGCAAUGCCAGAGAUUUAGCUGCUCCCCAACAUUUCUGCUUUUAUUCUUUGAAGGUGUUCUUAUUCGGCUACAACAACAAUGGCGUCAAGAACCAAAACUGGUUUAAUGGAGACUCCUCGUAGUAAACCAUCUCCUCCACCACAAAGACUGACUAGAUCAUCAGGGCCUAAAUCCGAUGCCAGUUCCUCCUCAUCUUCUCUGCACACCACUCGUCUCUCACUAGACCGUUCCCCACAGUCUGUUAACUCCAAGCCUACUCCUGAUCGUCGCACUGCAAGAGUUCCUACUCCUCCUGAGAAGUCUCAAUCACGGUUAGGGAAGGGACUUGAGCUACAGUCACAACUGAAACAGAUUCAGGAGGAUUUGAGGAAAGCUAAUGAGCAAAUAGCAUUGCUCAAGAAAGAUAAAGCACAAGCUCUUGAUGAUCUUAAAAGUUUUGAGAAACUAAACGAAGAAGCAAAUGAGAAACUCAGAGAAGCAGCUAAGGAGAGUUCCGAGGUUGAAGCGGUUCACGAAAAGGAAAUCUCCUGGAAGAAAGAGGUCGAGUCUAUAAGAAGCCAGCACGCUUUGGACAUCUCAGCUCUUCUCUCCACCACUGAAGAGCUUCACAGGGUUCAACAAGAGCUGGCUAUAACUGCUGACGCUAAAAACCAGGCGCUGAGUCACGCCGAGGAAGCAACCAAGAUCGCUGAGAUGCAGGCAGAGAAGGUGGAGGUUCUUUCUUCUCAGUUAAGCCAGUUAAAGGCAUUGGUUAGUUCUGAGGAACAAAGGAAGGCUACUGAAGGCGAUGAGGUUGUGUCUAAACUGAAAUCAGAAAUUGAGUUGUUGAGAGGGGAGCUUGAGAAUGUUAGCAUCUUAGAGAGUAAGUUGAAGGAUCAAGAAGCGUCUAUUGAGCAGCUCCACGUUGACCUCGAAGCUGCUAAGAUCGUUGAAUCACGUGCUAAUAGCUUAGCAGCUGAGUUGAAGAACAAGGUUGGAGAACUUGAGAAACAAGUUGAAGAGUCAAACAAGUUGAAGAUGUCUGCUUCAGAGUCUUUAGAUUCAGCUACGAAGCAGCUGGGGGAAAAGAGUCAUGCGCUUCAUGAGGCAGAGUUGGACAAUGCUGCGUUGAAAGAAAAAACUGAAUCCAUGGUGAUGACGAUUGCUAGGCAGGAAAAAGAUCUUCAGGAAUCUCAACGCCAAGUUUGCAGUUUAAACGAAGAGACUUCUAAGCUUGAAAAGCUUGUUGAGUCAGUCAAAUCUGACCUUGCAACCGCCCAAGAAGAAGCUUUGGACAAUGAAAAGACUACAACAUCACAUAUUCAGAACUUACUGAAUGAAAAAACUGAACUUGCUACAGAGUUGGAGAACUUUAAGAAGGAAGAAGAGGAAACCAAGAAAGCUAUGGAAAGCUUAAUUUUAGAGUUGCAGGAAGUAUCUGUGGAAGCAAGGGAAGCUAAGGAGAGGCUCUUGACAUGUCAAGCAGAGCUUGAACAUUGCGCAACACAGAUUGAGAGUUUGAAGUCGGCUGCAAAAGAGACGAAUGAGAAGUAUGAAAGAAUGCUUGAAGAUGCAAGAAACGAAAUGGAUAGCUUGAAGAAUAGUUUAGAAAAGACUCAAGAUGAGAUUGCCAGUUCGAAGACUGAGUGGGAACAGCGAGAGCUUCAUUUGAUGGCUUGUGUGAAGAAAUCGGAAGAUGAAACGUUAUGUGUGCAGGGAGAGCUUAGCAAGGUGGAGAGUUUGCUUAGUCUCAAGGAAAAUGAGGUGCAAGCAGCAAAAGAAGAAGAAGCAAAUACGAAAAGGAAUCUUAAGGAACUUGAGGAGGAGCUUAACGCUAUGCAGGAAAGAGUUGGAGAAGCGAAAGCUGAAAGUGUGAAACUUAAAGAAAGCUUGUUGGAGAAAGAAAACGAAGUAAUGAGCGCUGCUGCAGAAAACAAAAAGCUCAGAGAAAUGGAGGUUGCUUCUCUCGCGAAAAUAGAUGAGUUGUCAAAGGUGAAUGAGAGCUUGGUGGAUAAAGAGACAAAACUGCAGAGCAUUAUUCAAGAAGCGGAGGAGCUCAGAGGUAGGAAUACUAAAGAGUUGUCAGCGGCGAAUGCGAGCUUGGUGGAUAAAGAAACAAAACUGUUGAGCAUUGUUCAAGAAGCUGAGGAGCUCAGAGAGAGGGAGCUUGAUUAUCUCAAGAAGAUUGAAGAGUUGUCAGCGGCCAAUGUAAGCUUGGCUGACAAAGAAACAAAACUGCAGAGCACUAUUCAAGAAGCGGAGGAGCUCAGAGGUAGGGAGAUUGAUUAUCUCAAGAAGAUUGAAGAGUUGUCGGCGGAGAAUGUGAGCUUGCUUGACAAAGAAACCAAUCUGUUGAGCAUUGUUCAAGAAGCGGAGGAGCUCAAACGGAGGGAGCUUGAUUAUCUCAAGAAGAUUGAAGAGUUGUCAUCAGCGAAUGUGAGCUUGGUUGACAAAGAAACCAAACUUUUGAUCAUUGUUCAAGAAGCGGAGGAGCUCAGGGGGAGAGAGCUUGACUAUCUCAAGAAGAUUGAGGAGUUGUCAGCGGCGCAAGUGAGCUUGGUGGAUAAAGAAACAAAACUGCAGAGCAUCAGUCAAGAAGCGGAGGAGCUCAGAGGUAGGGAGCUUGAUUAUCUCAAGAAGAUUGAAGAGUUAUCAGCGGCGAAUGCAAGUUUGGUUGACAAAGAAACCAAACUGUUGAGCAUUGUUCAAGAAGCUGAGGAGCUCAGAGAGAGGGAGAUUGCUUGUCUGAAGAAAAUUGAAGAGCUGUCAGCAGUGAAUGAGAGUUUGGCUGACAAAGAAACCAAAUUGCAAAGCACCAUUGAAGAAAGGGAGGCUGUAUACAUCAAGAAGAUCGAGGAGUUGUCAUUUCCAAAUGAGAUAUUAGCUGAGAAAGAAGCCAAACUGCAGUCAGCUGUUAAGGAGAAUGAAGAGUUAAGAGAAAGGGAGUCUUCAUACCAUAUGAAGAUGGAAGAGUUGUCAAAAGUAUCUGAAAACGUUGCUGCUAGAGAAAUCAAACUCCACAUUUCUACUCAAGAAAAUGAAGAGCUUAGAGAAAGGGAGACUGCACAUCUCAAGAAGAUUGAAGAGUUAGCGAAGCUGCAAGAACAUCUUCUUGAUAAAGAAACUGAGCUUGAUGGUAUGGCUCGUGAGAUUGAAGACCUUAAAGCCAAAGACUCUCUAUCCCAAAAGAAGAUUGAAGAGUUAUCAAAUCUAAACAAAAGCCUUCUCGUGAAAGAGAGCGAGUUACACGAUGUUGUUUCCGCAAACGAGGAGCUAAAAUCCAAAGAGGCUUCAUCGGUUAAGGCAAUAGAGGAGUUGUCUGAUCUUAGACAAAGUUUAAUUGAUAAAGAAAACGAGCUGAAGACUGCCAUUGUCGAGAAUGAAGAGCUCAAGGCCAAUGCUGCAUCAUUGGUUCAGAAGAUCGAAGAGUUGACAAACCUGAAACAGAGUUUACUUGAUAAAGAGAACGAGCUGCAGGGUGUCUUCCAUGAGAACGAGGAGCUUAAGGCCAAAGAGAACGCAUCUUUAAAGAAGAUUGACGAGUUGUUGCAUCUUGAGCAGAGUUGGCUUCAGAAGGAAAGCGAAUUUCAAAGACUUCAUCAAGAAAAUGAAGAGCUUAGGGAGCAGGAAGCUUCAGCUGCAAAGAAGAUAGAGGAAUUGUCAAUCCUGCUUGACAAAGAAGCCGAGUUGCAGGCUGUGAUUCAUGAUAACGUCGAGCUGAAGGCCAGGGAGGCUUCCGCGCUUGAGAAGAUAGAAGAGUUAUCAAAGUCGCUGGAAAAAGCUUCUUCCACACUAGAGAAACCACAUGAAAACGGCAAGCCUAGAAGCGGAGAACAAAAGGUACAAGAAAGUCCAGUGGAAGCCAUUGAUAACCAUUUGAAUGGUGACACACCAAUCCAUUUGUUACCUCACAAAGAUGAAGGAGACAAGGAGAAAGACUCCGUGGAAGGGGAAGGCUGCCAUAUAGACAAGAGAGAAGCUUAUUCAGAGAGGGAGUCAGAUCACGAGUUUGCUGAAGAGGAAGAAGAAUCAAAAGCAGAAGGCAGUGAAAAUUUUGAUCAGUUGAGCAAUGGCUUGUCUUCAGCAGAGCACAUAGAAUAUUCUGGGAGUCUGCACUCAAAGGAACUAGAGCAGAAGAAGAAGAAACCUUUGCUCCGGAAGUUUGGAAAUUUACUGAAGAAGAAGAGUACAAGCAGCAGCAGCAGCAGCAGCCAUAAAUAGAGGGAAGAUGUGAUGGAUGAUACUGUUAUCAUUUCUAUUGCAACUGAACAUUAUUUCCUUGGUUGAUUUGUGUCUUUAAAUCUUUGAAGAGUAUAGCUCCAAAUCCAAUUUUUAAAGGUUUUUGAUC